AUGGAAAAUGACUGGUGGGUAAAAAAAGCACAAGAAAUUCAAGCCUUUGCUGAUGUCAAUAACACACACGGCUUCUAUGAGGCAGUUAAGUCCAUUUAUGGCCUACACAGAAGAAAUGUCACACCAAUAAGAUCUUUAGAUGGCACCACACUCUACAAAAGCAAUCAAAUGAUUGCACACUGGAUAACAUCCCACCCAUGCCGACCCUGCACCUCCUAUGAUGAAGCCCCACUCCUACAAGAAGUGGAAAUUGCAAUACGAGGGCUCAGCAACAACAAGAGCGCUGGAUCUGACGGCAUUCCUGCUGAAAUUUACAAACAUGGAGCUCCCCAUUUGACUAAGCGCCUCCAUAGUUUCUUACUCACCAUAUGGGCCACAAAGUCCAUCCCCCAGGAUUGGAAAGAUGCAAAUAUCAUAACAAUCAAUAAGAAUAAAGGUGACAAAGCAAUCUGUGGUAACAGCAGAGGCAUCUCCAUCCUUGUAGUUGCUGGCAAGAUCCUGUCAAAAAUCAUGUUAUCAAGACUUAUCCAACACCUAAUGGAGAAUACUCUUCCCGAAUUCCAAUGUGGAAUCAGGAAGGAUCGCAGUAUAAUAGACAUGAUCUUCACAGCUAGGCUAAUUUAA